AUGGGGCAGAGUAAAGGCCCUGGGUCUAACCACACGCUCAGGAAAUGUGCUUCCCGUCAAGUCCUAGUCCCAGCUGUCGUCCUAGCUGCAGUCACAGUUUUUAUGUUGAUCACCAUCGUCACUAUCGCUGCGUUAGCAGAACUUUUAAGAGCUCCCAGGGGUUUAAGCUUGGAUCUGAGGGAUUCUCUUCCCUCAUUCACUCAGACACAGAAUCAGGCUGAGGGGAACAGCAUCUCUGACCCUGUGUUACUUGUCUCACUUUCAGUGGAAAAAUCCAAACCACCUGUGGCUGCUCCGGGCCCCCCUGCGGUGCCCUGCUGCCCGGAGGACUGGAUCGGGUACCGAGGGAAAUGCUAUUAUUUCUCAGAGACUGACGGGAACUGGACCUACAGCCAGAGCCACUGCUCUGCACUCAACGCCUCCCUGGCUGCGAUCGACAGUGAGCAGGAAAAGGAUUUCCUGCUGCGCUAUAAGGGCUUCCUCGACCGUUGGAUCGGCCUCCAGAGGGAGCCAGGCCAGCCCUGGAGAUGGCCCAAUGGCACCGAAUUCGACAACCGGUUUCCGAUAAGGGGAGGUGGCAACUGUGUUUUUCUGAUUGAUGAGGAUUGGUUCGGCAGCUCGCGGUGCAGCACAUGGAGACGCUGGAUCUGCAGCAAACACAAUCCCUAUACGAUGGGGAAGAAACGUGCUGUGGAGUUAAAACUUUGAGACUCUUAGGAACUAGGCCUGGAAAAGCUUUAUUAGAGAGACACCUUCCACUACCUGUAGAUGAAGGAAGCUGGGUCUUUAUUCCUUACAGCCUCUCUCCAGGGCUUCCCUAGUUUUUAUUCACCCAUUGGAAGAGGGCGGGGGGGGAAGCAGAAAAGCUUUUCCAACUCUCAACUUUGAAUGAACCAUUCACUGAACUGAACUUGUUGAAUAAAUUGACAAGAAGAAAAUAUUCUCUCUACACCUGCAGAAGAGGCGACUGUUCUUCAAAAGCUGG